AUGGAUAUAGAGAAGGACUAUGUUUUGUAUCAGACCGUCAUGGCAAACCUGAAACAUUAUUAUGGAAAAUCAGGAGAAAAUAUUACACAAGCUUUCAACUCGGCUGUCUGCGCUUACACAUUGGAGGAAUUUGAAUACAACAUGCAUCGACUACACACAAUGAAUGACAAUAUUACUGGAUACCUGGCUGAAGUCGGCCCUGAAAAGUGGUCGAGAAUUCAUAUGCCAGUGAACAGAUUUUCCACAAUGACAUCAAACAUUGUAGAAUCAGUUAAUACAGUCACAAAGGCAGCUAAGAAUUACCCCAUUGUGUUGUUGCUAGAAUCUUUACGACAAACAGUGCAAACUUGGUUCUGUAAACAUAGAGACGAGGCGCAUGGAACUUUCACAAUGUUGACAAGCAAGUUUGAGAACAGUUUAAGAAAAAUGAGUUCAGAAUUAAGGAACUUAAGGGUAUCUGCUUUCAACCAAACAAUUUUUUCCGUCAUCAGCAAUGACAGGUCCACCUUUGUUGUUGAUAUUGAGGAACGUACAUGCACGUGUCGGAUGAUGCAAGUCGAUCUGAUGCCCUGUCCACAUGCAUUGGCUGUAAUUGCGCAUACAAAAAGGGAUCCGUAUGCUUACUGUUCAUAUUAUUACACAAAGGAUGCAUUUUUAAAAGCUUAUGAACAUUCAGUAUAUCAUAUUGGAAACCCAGACGAAUGGACAGUUCCUAACGAAGUACAAAACCAAAUUGUGUUACCUCCUGACCAAAAACGAAGUUGUGGAAGAUCUACAGAGAAAAGGAAGAGAUCAUCUAGGGAAGGCAAACCGAAAGUAAGGUGUGGACGGUGUGGUGAACAUGGACACAACCGCAGGAGAUGCUCAAAUUUUCUUCCAUUGAACAAGAGCAUCCGACAGAGUAACAACGUUUGA